GGGAUAAAGAGCAAUACGGCAAUCUCGGGUGCAGCACACUCACACACCCACAAGCGGGAAGGGAGAGCGAGGUUUUCACCAGUGCCACACAGAUACAGAGACAGACGGAGGAGGGAGGCGCCUGAAAGGACACGCUUUCAUAUGAAGACCCCCAAAGCCAUAGAUGCGGUAUCACACUGGCAUAAUUACGUAUGAUAGGCUAUAUAAAAAACACUAGGCGCCUGUCUAUCACAACACCGUUUGCCUGCCGAACCCCUUGGUAAGAAAAACUGUAUUAGUCGAUUUGAAGCUGCUGUUGGAGAGCCGUACCCCUGCGACGAAUUCAGUUGCUUUGUUUCCAUAUCUGCUUUCAUUGAGCGGUGUAUUCAAUAGGUUCUAUUCCAUUUAACUAGCUGUAGAAGGCAGGGGCGGUUGAGGCAUAUCCUUUUUGAAGUAUUGUUUUUGUUUUUGGUACACCGUUCACCCUGUACGGCAGUACAGCCUGAAGCGGUUGCUGAAGGGGUAAACAAGUGCAAGCAGACAUCAGGGAGUACGGUGGUGGAGCAGGUUUUUCUCUCGCGCUCAGAUACAGUGUUGGGAACAUACUUAGGUUUGUGUGGGGGUACUUGCUGCUGAGCAAGGUACGGUUUUUGCCUCAUCUUAAUUUCAUCACCUAAUUUUAAUUCAGUUGGUCUGAUGGAUUCUUGACCCCUUUGUUACAUUUAGCAAAGGGCACGUAGACAGGCUCGUUUAUGUCUGCAAUAUAUAUAUUCAUUGCAGAUAUACUACUACUUUAUUAUAUAUGUUUUUAAAUAUAUAUAAUAAAGUAGUAUUUUAAUGUACAGACUUUAAAACCUAUAUAGCGGUCCGCUACCAAAAAUGCCGGCUGGAAUGAAGCCACUGGAAAAGUUUUUGAAGAAACAGACCACUGCGCUCACUCGGGCUGGAGGCUUCGGAGAUAAGGCAACUGGCACAGGGGCUACAAGGCGGCGGGCAAGUCUUUCUCGAGUCGUGCCUUUCUUCAGGGAGACCUCCCCUGAGAGCGGCCCGGCCCGUGAGAUGUUCAGCCCAGAGACAGAAGAACCACCGUGCUGGCCCCCAGUCGCCGCCGACAUCCGGAGUCCGUCGUUAUCGAGCGAUGAACAGAGCUCAGAAGGGAGUGUGGAGCCGACUUGGACACCACUGCCGGCGGACACGCCGGAAAAUAUCGCACUGGCGCUCCUGGAUUGCAUGGCAGGCGGGAGGCGACACGGUAGCUAUACAGAGACACUUCUGGAUGACUUCAUGCUCACACACCCGAUCUUCCUGGCAUCUGACAGGUUCCAACAGAUCCUUCUCCAACAGUUUGGGGUGGAGGGGAAGCAGGGGGAGGGCUGGCCUGGCUGGGAUGGGGUGGAGAGGAAACAGGCCGUGCUGAAUGCGGCCUUCCGCUACCUGGACACUUACAGAGAGCUACUGCAGGAGGAGGGAGAGAAAGCCAACAGCUUCCCUAAGGAGCUGUACCUGAGUGCUGCGCAGGAGCUGAGCCGAUACCCAGAACUGGUGGAGGACGUUCUGAAGCUGCAGCGCUGGACUGAGAUUCUGCAGAGCCCGACUGAGGAGGACAGGGAUAGCAAGAAGAAGCAGGUGCGACCCCUCUUCCGGCACUUCCGACGCAUAGAUGCCUGCCUGCAGCCCCGUGAGGCCUUCCGUGGGUCUGACGAAAUCUUCUGCAGGGUGUACAUGCCGGACCACUCGUAUGUGACCAUCCGCAGUAGGCUGUCGUGUUGCGUGGGAGAGAUCCUGGCGCUGGUGCAAGAGAAACUGCAGUACAGCGAGGAGCAGCCCAGGCGACCAGGGACUCUCAUACUGGUGGCUGUCACCUCUUCUGGAGAAAAGGCAGUGUUCCGUCCCAGUGAUGAGGCUGUGUUCACCACUCUGGGCAUUAAUACCCACCUGUUUGCCUGUGAGCCACACGAGCUGGACACCCUGCUGCCAUUACCAGAGGAAAUCCACUGGACUCCUGGCGACAGCAAACUGCAUGACAUGAGCGCUGAGGAGGUGUCGAAUCAGCUGGUGGCGUUCGACUGGGAGCUGUUCAGCUGCAUUCAUGAGGUGGAGUUUGUGUCCUAUGUGUUCCAUGGGGAGCAGGCUCGCUGGCGCCCCCUCAAUCUGGAGCUGGUACUGCAGCGCUGCAGCGAGGUGCAGCACUGGGUUGCCACAGAGAUCCUGCAGUGCCAGUCUCUGCCGAAGAGGGUCCAGCUCCUUCGCAAAUUCAUCAAGAUUGCAGCGCUGUGUAAGCAGCAGCAGGACCUUCUCUCCUUCCUGGCGGUGGUUCUGGGCCUGGACAACCCAGCGAUCAGCCGGCUUCGCCUCACUUGGGAGGGGUUGCCGGGGAAGUUCAAAAAGCAGUUUCAGCAGUUUGAAGGCAUUGCGGAUCCCUCAAGGAAUCACAAGUCUUACCGGGAGCUUGUGGCUAGCCUAAGGCCACCUCUCAUCCCCUUCACCCCACUGCUGCUGAAAGACCUGACCUUCCUCCAUGAAAGCUGCAAGACCUUCCAUGGGGAGCUGGUCAAUUUUGAGAAGAUGCACAAAGUUGCAGAGAUGGUGAGGAGCAUCAGGCGCUACAGAAGCGUGCAGUUCGCCCUGGACAUGGAGCCCUCUCCUUCACACCUUCAGACCAAGGCCUAUGUGCGCCAGCUGCAAGUCAUCGACAAUCAGAACCUCCUCUUCAACAUGUCCUACAAGGUGGAGCCCAAAGAUGUGUGAGAUUCCCAUGACAAUUCCCCAAGCCCAACACCAGGGCAGUCCAGCCAUGGAGUGUUUUAAAGACUUCAGUUGUUUGCAGCAGAUCUCAGCAUACAUACAUUGCCAGGAAAUUGUAUGUUGUGCUGGAGCACAUAUUAUGUGUGUGUGUGUAUACAUAUAUAUACUUAGAACUGAAAGGAAACAGCGACAUAUGUGAAUGUCAGACUGCAGCUCAGAGCAGAGGGAAGUAGAAGGACAUGCUGCUCUGCUUCAAAAUUUGGGUUUCCAGUUCAGAUGCUGGACUUUGCCUCAUGAGAUGGAUGCCCCUCCGUCUCUUCCCGUCGGUAGCAGUGGCCCCCUGACUCUGGUGUGUAAGGACAUUGCUUAACUGAUCAUUUUGACGGCAUCAAAUAGGAAACUGGUUGCGAUUGUGCUUGCCAGUGGUGCAAGGCAAGACCUCACACCUUGGCUUUAACUGCACAAUCCAGAUUUGGAUGCAAAUUUCAUAUGUGAACAUAUACUUUGUGAUACAUAACAGGAAGGAAUCUGAUUCUUCAGGAUCCUUUGCAAAGUGGAUUGCAGAGAGGUGUGGGAGUAACAUUGGAUUGGAGUGUGACUGGUCAGGCUAACUUUUUCUUUGCAUCAAUCGUUUAUUUUGUUGUUACAUCUGUUCUUGUGUUUACAUUGCCACAGAACUGGAAAUAGAAACAGAAAAUAUCUAGGUAGGAAAGAUUAGCUGCCCAUGAGUUGUUUUCUCUCCAAGGUCUGUCCACCUCAGUGUCUGAACAGGUUCUAGCAUUUCACCCUAUGAGCUGGUCAUGACUGAAGAAGGGGAUGCUGUCUCUGGAAGAGGGACAAUCUUCAUCCACUUGGGAACUUACCACCGACAGCUAUAUGGCAGCCAUCUAAAGAGUACUGAGAAAUGGAAGUACUCUAUUUGUCUGUGAUGAAAUGUGCACUUAACAUUUUCUGGA